CCCUCCUCUCUGCUCACCAAGAGAGAUAGAAAACCAUAGACAUUUUACACUACGUGAUGGGACAGUUCAUGGAAAGUCAGAAGUUUCUUAACAGUUCUGGUUUUCUAGACGUACUCAAUGGAACUGCGUGAUUAUCAAUGGGAGGUCAUUGGGCCAGCUUUGGAAGGAAAGAAUAUCAUCAUAUGCCUGCCAACGGGCGCUGGAAAGACCCGAGCAGCUGUGUAUGUUUGCAAGAAGCACUUGGAGAGUCACGAUAAGAACAAGGUGGUUGUGUUAGUCAACACAGUGCCUCUACUUGACCAACAUCUGAAGAAUGAGUUCAGUGUCUUGCAAAAUCAAUUCCAAAUUACAUCUGUUUGUGGUGAUAGUUUCCAGAAGCUAUUCUUCUCAGAUGUGGUAAAGACCUACGAUCUGAUAAUCUGCACAGCCCAAAUCUUCUAUAAUGCCCUCACCAAUCAAGAAGAGGAAAUGCAUGUGGAACUGACUGAUUUCUCUCUGUUGGUGAUUGAUGAGUGUCACCACACUCACAAAGGAACUGUUUAUAACAAGAUUAUGGAGAACUACUUGGACUACAAGUUGAAAGGCCAACAGGGUUUACCUCAGAUUUUGGGACUCACCGCCUCUCUGGGUACUGGAAGUUCAAAUACUGUGGAAGCAGCUAAAGCCCACAUCCUGGAGAUCUGCGCUAACCUAGACGCCGAAAGAAUUAUGUCAAUCGAUAAACAGAAUCCCUCUCUUGAUGAUCAUGUUCCAUGUCCUAAGAAACAAUACGAUCUGACGGAACCAAGGCUUCAGGACCCAUUUGGAGAAAAGCUCAGGGAAAUAAUGACCCAGAUUUAUACUUACCUCAAUGUUUCUGACAUUACUGCGAACUUUGGUACCAAGGGCUUUGAGCAGCAAAUUGUGGAGCUUGAAAUGAAAGGAGCAAAAGAAUGUUGCCAAAAAACUCGAGUUUGUGCCCUGCAUCUUCGGAAAUACAAUGACGCCCUGCUAACCAAUGAAACGGUGCGCAUGAUCGAUGCCUUCAAUAUACUGGAUGAGUUUUACCUAGUAGAACGUGCUACUAAGAAACUAAUAAAAAAAAGCGAGCAAUAUCUUUUCCAGCUCUUUGAUGAGAACAGGUUGACUCUCUUGGACCUUGCUAAAGACAGUCGCUACGAGAAUCCCAAACUUGGCAAGCUGCAACAAGUCCUGCAAGACCAGUUCCAAGAACUGAAGAGCUCACGGGGCAUUGUGUUCAUCUGGACACGCCAGAGUGCCUAUUCUCUGCAGGAGUGGGUCCUGGGUAACCAGGCUUUGCGUGCACUUGGGAUCAAGUCUGAUGUUCUGACGGGAGCUGGUUCCAGCAGUCAGACAAAGCAUAUGACGCAGCAAGAGCAACAAGAUGUUCUCGAUCGCUUCCGCAAGGGGCAACUCAACCUUCUUCUUUCCACCAGCGUGGCUGAGGAAGGGCUGGACAUCCCUGAGUGUAAUAUCGUAAUCCGUUACGGGCUGAUGACAAAUGAAAUUGCCAUGAUGCAGGCCAGAGGCCGUGCCCGUGCCCCAAACAGCAUCUGUUCCAUUUUGGCCAAGACCAACAGCAAGGAGGUGGCCCGUGAGAGGCUUAAUGAAUCUUUGGAGAUCCUUAUGGAGAGGGCCAUAAAAUGGGUGCAGGAGAUGCCUGAGGAAGAAUACCACCAAAAGAUUGCAAAAUUGCAGCAUGAAAGCAUGAUCAGCAGGAAAUUGCGGGAUGUCAAACUUCAGCAGCAGCGCCACCUACACAAUCCAGACAGUGUAAUUUUCUGUUGCCUAAACUGCAACCUGGCUGUCUGCCAUGCCAGUGACCUGCGCAAAAUAGAGAAUAUGCAUCACAUCAACAUUAAUUCCAACUUCAGCCUGUAUUACACAAAGUCACCCAAUUGUGUGACACUUUCCCGCGAAUUCAAAGACUGGAAGCCAGGCAGUUCCAUCAGUUGUGAGACAUGUGGGCAG